AUGAUAGGUAUAGCUGUGGUUUUAGGAACUAUCACCCUUUGUUACGCAAAUGUGGACGUCGAAAAUGAAUUGAUGGAAAUUCGUACAAUCCUAACUCGCCAAGAAAAGGAAAUAAAGGCACUUAGAAAUGAAAAUCGCGUUCUACGCGCUGAUGUCAAGAAAAUGACGGUGGAAAUAGAUAAUCUUAAGAACGCUGAGAGAAUCUCGAGAGCUCAAGUGGCUCUAAAGGCAGAAAUAGAGCGUCCCCGAAACAAACGAUUAUUGCCAGUACCAGCUAGCGCAGUUGCCUUUUACGCCUAUAUGUCUGCAAAUGAACCUAACCCAAGUCUUCACCAUUCUCUAAUUUUUAAUGCGGUAAAAACAAACGUAGAAGGUGGAUACAACCAAUUCAGUGGGAUGUUCUCGGCCCCUAGUCCUGGACUAUACGUCUUUACGUGGACUAUAUACACGGGGAAUCAUGGACAAACAGGUUUUCAUAUUUAUGUUAAUAACGACGUAGUAUGUGCAACGUUUGGUGAAACGGACAACAACCAGAACGACUAUGAUUCCGACUCUGGGAGCAUGGUGGUGUCUCUGAACGCCCACGAUAACGUAUACAUCCGGUCAUCCAUGGCGUGUACCACUUAUGUCAUCAGUGAUGCGAUGAGAAGGACAACAUUUGCUGGAUGGAGGUUAAAUUGA